UAAUAAGCCUGAUAAACCGAAAAAUAGGGUCACCAAACGAGAUCUUAAUGUGUAGCGUAUAAUUUGCAAAACUUUCUGUCCACUAUUCUCUAGUCAACAUAAAUUCUUCUUGGUCUUUUACUUUAUAUAUCCAAUUUUUAUCAAAAUUAAGUUUGUCUUUUGCGACUUUAUAAAACUUCUAAUGUAUUAUACUAUUAUCUGAAUUUGUAAAUUUUAUAAACAUAAUAUGAAAAAAUGUACAUUUUAUUUACUAAAUGAAAUCCAAUUAUAAACAUGAAUCAAUAACUUUAAGGUAGGAACUAGGAACUGCUUAAUCGGGACGCCAAAGUCUGGUUUUUUCAGAUUAAGUAGUAUAAGAGGGAAGCGGUUGAUGCAGAACCUGAAAUCUUCUAAGAGUUGUGCUUCUUAAGGUAAGCUCUGACAGAGUGACAGGAGAACAUUAGAACAUUCAACAUACAUCUCUUUGUUUUUCGAUUUCCAGAUAUGAGUCGAACAGGUAAGGUCUCUGUGUAUUAUGUGAUGAAACAACGUGAGAGAGGGACAAAGCAGACACAACCAUAAGGAAGAGACUGAUUAAAAGUAAGAGAUUUUGGUUUGGUUACUUGCAAUGUCUCUAAGAACCAUUUUCGGCGGUAAUUCUUGAAAUGUGGGAUGAGCUACAUUAUUGUUUUAUUUACAUUCAAUAGCGAUUCACCAAUCCGGAACCAUUCUAAUCAGAAGAGAUUGAUGAAGUACGAACUCGUUGGGCAUCAUAUUUCUUAGAGAUUGAUGAAGUACGAACUCGUUGGGCAUCAUUUUGUACUAUCUUCUAGAUCGGGCACUGAACGACCGAUGUAGAAAGAAUUUUCACAUCGAUUCAUUGACCGAUGUGAAAAUUCAAUACUUUUCACAUGGGCUGGAACCACAUCGGCUGAUUGACCGAUGUGAAAAGUCUUUUUUGUACUAGUGAAACACAUGGUGUAUAAAAGACAUGGUUUCAAAAAUGUUAAUAAAGCUAAGACGGUUACAUCUACCAGUGAGUCCUUCAAGAAUUUUGAUUUAGAUAAUCAUUUUAGUACUGAAAAUGAUUCAUGUGAUUCUUAUGGAUCUGAAAAUGAAGACCAAACUCACGUUGAAGAUUUGCCAAGUCCGGGCGUAUGUGUUAAUGAUGAUGAGAAAAAAAGGCGUAGGAUUUCUAAUAGGUGUGAUUGCAAAGCACGUGCAGUUUAUAAGCUUGCAGGCAUGAAUCAAUACAAAAAUACCUUUUUUAGGAGAGGCAUAACCACCUUAAGUUUUCUAAUUCAUCGAUGUCAUUUUUAAAAGUUAAUAGAAAACUUGAUAUUGGCCACCAAAAGUUUUUUUGAAUUGUGCUAAAGCAAAUAUUGGCACAAUGAAAUGUUAUCGAUUGUAUAAGGAAACUGUUGCUGGUUAUGCCAAUAUUGUUGGUGCUACAUAAGUGGAUUUUAAGAAUUUGAAACGUGAUUUGAAGGCUUAUCUAGUUGGAGUAAAUGCUCAGAUAUUGAUAGAUAAGCUUUUUUAGAAAGAAAGAGAUUUGUUCAGGUUUUUCAUUUGACUAUGAUGUUGAAGAGAGUGACCAGUUGACACAUGUAUUUUGGGCGGAUCCAUUGUGCAUCAAGAACUAUGCGUUAUUCGGAGAUGUUGUUUCUUUUGAUGCUACGUACGAGACGAACAGGUAUAACAUGGUUUUUGCCUCUUUCACUGGCGUUGAUAAUCACAAAAAGUGCAUUACUUUUGGUGUGGGUUUGUUGUUGAAAGAAGAUGUUGAAUCAUAUGUGUGGUUGUUUCGUUCUUUUUUGAAUGCAAUGGGUCGGGAACCAACGUGCAUCAUAACAGAUCAAGAUCCAUCCAUGAAAAUUGCUAUUCUACAGGUCUUCACAACAUCUUAUCACAGAUUUUGCAUGUGGCAUAUUAUGGAAAAUGUUAGUUCGAAAGUUGGAC